AUGAAACUGAUCUAUUUCUUCAUAUUAACAAUUUAUCUAAGUACUAUUUAUUGUUUGCCUCAAGUUCGUGUUCUUCCACAAUCUAUUGUAUUACUUUCAUCGUCAGAAGUACGUUUAAAAUGUGAAAGCAGUGACACACCAUUUGUAUCCGUUACUUAUUGGACUCAUGUUGGGCAACGUAUUGAAUUCAAUCCAUCGAUUAUUGAAAUGCACGGAAAUGAAUUACGCAUAUAUCAAUUUGGUGAUACUGCUUAUACACAACCGGGUGCUUAUUCUUGUGUUGUUUCAACACGUUACGGUUUCAUUGAAAGCGAACCAGCUAUGCUAAGUUUACCAACUUUGGAUCCAUUUAAAAUAUCAACCAAUGAAAAUAAUAUUUUGGAUAUAAUCGAAGGCAAUACUGCUAUUAUACCAUGCGAAUUGCCGAAUGGAAAUCCAAGACCAAUACCAAUUUUUAGUUUAGAUAAUAAUCGUAUAGAAAUUGAAACAAAUUCAAAUCGAUAUAAAAUUUUGCCAAGUGGAAAUUUACAUAUAAUUGAUGUGAAAAAAUUCGACUCAGGAAAAUAUCAAUGCUCAGCAAAAAAUCUUUUAACUGAACAAAUUGUGAACAAUAGUCAAAUAACAAUUUUACAAGUACUAAAUAGACCAUCGAACAGUCGAGAGCGUCAAGCACUUUCAACUGUAUAUAAACCACCAGUUGCUUCAAGAAUCCUUGUUGGAAAUAAUUUUUCUAUUGAAUGUGCGAUUGCUGGCUGGCCAAAACCAAUUAUUGAAUGGGAGAAAUAUGGCGAUGUUCUACCUGAAAAACGAAGUCAAGUUUUACAUGGUACACUAUAUCUAUUCGAUAUACGUUUGGAUGAUCGUGGAACAUAUAUAUGUCGAGCAUCGAGUUCAAAUGGACAAUCGGACAUUGCCUAUACUGCUCUCUUAGAAGUUUUAGAACCGCCAAAAAUGAUUCAACGACCCGAUUCAUUGAUUCAAAUUACGAAAGAUGAAACUCUAUCAAUCAAAUGUAGUUUUCGUGGUCGACCUGAACCUACAAUCAAUUGGUUAUAUAACGGAGAAGAAUUCACUAUGCAUGGAUCACCAAUUACAGAUGGAGUUCUAUCAUUAACUCAAGCUAAAGAAGGUAUCUAUCAGUGUAUUGGUCGAAAUCCAUAUGGCAUUGCUCAAGCAAAUGCUGCUGUUGUUUUUCCAAAUCAUAUUAAAUCUAAAGAAAAAUUCGAAAUUGAAAUUCCAUUAAAAAAAUCUUUAAUUAUCUUUGGUCCAAAUAAUAUAACUGCCUACGAGGGCGAAACAGUUCAACUUCAUUGUUUGACACAACCUGGUUCAACUGUUCAAUGGUUGCAUAAUAAUGAGAUAAUUAAUAUAAAUGUGAUGCGCCGUUAUGAAAUGCUUUCCUCUGGUGGCUUACGGAUUGUAUCAGCACAGAAAACAGACAGUGGUAUCUAUAAAUGCAUUGCAUCAAAAGCUGAUUUUGGUAUUGAUACAGCAAAAUGCUUUGUUCAAGUUAGAGGUCUACGAUUCAAUAUACCUGUAUCAAAAUUGGAAAUAAUUGAUAUCAAUCAAAUUGAUAAUUAUUCGAUAAAAUUAUUCUGGAAAAUAAAUGAAACCAUUGAAAAUUAUCUCAGUUCUAUACAAAUACAACAUCGUUUGAUUCAUCCGAAAACAUCUUGGACGACCAUAGAUGAUUCCUAUAAUCGUUCCAUGGAACAUGCUAUUAUUGAUAAUCUCCAGCAAGAUCAAACAUAUAAAUUUCGUCUAAUUGGCUACGAUGCUACUGGUAAACAAUUAGUUAUUAGUGCAGCUAAACAAGUUAUAUUAAAAUUAAUGAAAAAUCAACCAAAUCCACCUAUACCACAAAUAAACGAAGCAUGGAUAACUAAUGAUCAACAAAUAAAUUUAAAAUGGCAGUUAUUAAAUAAUACCGAUAGUGAAACUAUCGAUGGUUUUGUAAUUUAUUAUCGAGCAAUAAAUUCAAAAGUGAAUUUUACAACAAUAACAGUACCAAAUCUACGUUAUCCUCCGAUCGAUACAUAUACGAUCACAUCAGUUGAACCAGAUCAAAUCUAUGAAUUACGUAUGACAACUUAUUCUAAUCUUGGCGUGAGUCCUAUGAGCAAUUCUAUUGAAAUCUCGAUUCCUAAAUUUUCAACUGAACAACGUUCUCGUACAAAUCAAUUAAAAACACCAUUGAAUCUUGAUGAAAUUCUCGAAAAUAUUACGAAAAUUCAAUAUCCACCUCCUGUGAAACAUAAUUUAAUAACACAAUCAUCGAUGCCACAAAAAAGUUCUGAUAUUCUUUAUUUAAUUAUUGGUAUCAUUGCUGGAGUUCUAUUAAUAUUAAUUAUGAUACUCAUUGCAAUGUGUGUAUUAAGAUUACUACAACAGAAAAAAUUAAUCGCACAUGUCAAAUCUGGUAAUGCUUCCGAAUAUUAUUGUGAAGGUUUACAUAAAAAUUUAAAUCCUGAAUAUGCAACUACGCCUUGUUUUCAACAUGGUGUCGUUUCUGUUGAUGGUAAACUAAUACCUGUUGCCUAUCCAACUAAUGCAAAAUCACCAAAAAUCUAUCAUCAUGCUUCAUCACAUAAUGCAAUAAUAGAUGAAAAUGGUACAAUACGUUUAAAUAUAAAUCCAAUCAAUCGCUUAGAUAAUGAUAAUACGCAAGAAAAUUUUUAUCAUACAUUAACACCUUUUAAUUCUUAUGGCCCAUAUGAAGAAUAUCGAUCUACAGCUUGUUCCUACAAUAAAACAGUUGAACAUCCAGCUAUGUCAUCAUGUGUAAUGCAUCAUCGUUUAAUUAAUUACUCAUCGGACACACUUCCUUUAAAAGUACCUUCGAAUAGUAGUAAAAAGACUGAUAAUCAUGAUCCUUGCCAAAUACAUGGAGAACCUUUCUCUCAUUUACAUUAUCAUCAUGGUACGUGUCAACGACAAUAUAAAGGACAAGAAAUGAUUACACCAUUAGUUCACAAAGUUCAACAACACGAUGCAUGUGAUAAAAAAUUUUCGUCAUCAUCAGUCGGCGGUGGACAUUAUUGUACACAUUCAUCGAGUGAUUCGACUCGACCGUUAUUGGAAUCUGCUCAUCAAGAAAAGCAACAAGUAAAUGAUAACUUUCAACACUCAGCCCCACCUAGUACAGGUUCAUCGUCUUCGUCCAGUGGUGUUAGUUCAUCGAUUGAAUCUCCGUAUAACCAUUGGAAAUAUUUAACACCAUUAUCUGUGAACAUAUCGAAUGAUAAAAAUCAGGUAUCAUCAACUAUUAUUGAACCGAUACCAUUAUCGUCAACUUAA